AGCAGCUGCAGCAGUAAUGAUGAUGUGAUGUGUGUGCAGCUGCUACUGUCCUUCACUUCCUGUCUGAUGCAUUAUUGAUCUGUAUUACUGUAACACUGAAGGGAGAGUGUGUGUGUGUGUGUGUGUGUGUGUGUGUGUGUGUGUGCAGUGUGUGUGUGUGUGUGUGUGUGUGUGUGUGUGUGUGUGUGUGUGUGUGUGUGUGCAGUGAGUAAAUGUUCAGCCUGCCGCCAUCACCGGCUGAGUUUCGUUACAGUUUAUUGUCUGAGUUGCACUGACUAAUAACAGCAGGUCGCUGACGUGAAGUCACUUCCUGCAGCGAGGGUUUCCUCUUCCGCCGCGGCGCGUGUAUCGACAACAGAUGAUCGAUAGUAAUCGGAAGCAUGGAGCUGCUGUGACGGCCGGGCUGCGGUGCGGAGGUGUGUGUCGGGACUUCAGGGUCCGGGCUGCGGCAAGAAGAGCCACCGAGGUCCCGCCGAGUCUGUGGAAAGCGAAAGUACGGAAGCUCCGGGCGUCAGAUCCGAAGUCUGGAGACGAGCUGCAGUUACUUUUAGCCGUCUGUCACAGGUGCAGCUCAGCAUCGACAGGUGGACUUCAAGAAUCAAAACUUAUGGCAACAGCAGAUACAAAGCUGGGAGGAUCCGAGGAGUCCAGUUUGCGGUCUGAGGAGUCGAGACUGGGGUCCGAGGAGUCCAGGCAGAGGUCGACGGGCCCCGUCAGCUCCUGGGAGUCGGAGCUGACCUCCAUCCAGCACUCCCUGAAGUUUGUGUUGACGCUGAAGGAGGAGUUUGUUUGUCCCGUCUGCAGAGGAGUCGUGCUCAACCCUCAGCAGAACUCCUGUGGACACAUCUACUGUUUCCACUGUCUCCAAGGACUGCUGGAGAGUUCUUCGCCGUCCAGCCCGGUGUGUCCAGUGGACGGAGCCGUGAUCACGCCGGCUGAGGUUUUCCAGGACAACUGCUGCAAACGAGAGAUCUCCAAUUUAGAAGUGUACUGCAGCAACUCGCCGGCCUGCACCUCUGUCGUCACACUAAACCACCUGCAGGAGCACCUGAGGUCGUGUCAGUAUGAGCAGCUGCAGUGCUGCAAUCCAGGCUGCAGGGCGGCGCUACAGAGGAGAUACCUGCAGGAACACCUGACCGACACCUGUCCUCAGCGCAUGGAGCCCUGCCCACACUGCCAGCAACCGCAGCGACUCAGCCUCAUCCAGGAUCAUGUGCAGAGCUCCUGUCCGGAGGUGGAGGUGGACUGUCCCAACAGCUGCCCCCAGAAGGUUCCCAGAAACAAGCUGACGGAGCACAGAGACUCGUGUCCGGAGGUUCACACCCACUGUUCUUACAAGAGGUUCGGCUGCUCUGUUCAGGAUAAGAGAGGGAAAGUGAAGCUGCAUGAAGACGCUGCUGUCAGCCAUCACAUGCUGCUGGUCCUGAGGAGUAACUCCCACCUGGAGCAACAGGUGGAGGUUCUCCACCAGGAGGCGCAGCUGAGGCAGCAGGAGGUCCAGACGGACAGUUUGCUGCUCGCUGGUCUGCAGAAGAAGAUCAGGCCGCUUCUGCAACAGAACAGCAGCCAUGAACACAUCGUCUCUACGGCUCAGAGGACUCUGAGCAGGCAGGAGGACGCCCUGUCCACCAUCCAGCUGGACGUCCAGCAGGUGUCUCGGAUACUCGGUCCUGGUCUGGAGGAGCUGGAGCAGCUCAGAAAGUCUCUGGAUGCUGUGAUUGAAGAGGUGUCGGCAACAGAGGCCCUCAAAGAACACCUGGAAACUUUGGAGGAGAAUCUGAAGCGUCACUCGGGUCUCCUGGAUCUCCAUGCCGCUCAGCUCAGUCGCAACAAGCAGCACCUGCAGGAGCUCGAGGCGACGUCCUACGACGGCAAACUGAUCUGGAAGAUCGACAACUUCAGGAACAGGAGGGAAGCCGAGGCCAAAGGUCAGCCGCCUUGCCUGAGCAGCGUGCCGUUCCACACCGGACGCUGCGGCUACAAAAUGGCUGCCAAGGUCUAUCUUAAUGGGGACGGGGAGGGAAGAGGGACUCACCUGUCCCUUUAUGUUGUCCUGAUGCCGGGAGACUUCGAUGCUCUGCUGCCGUGGCCUUUCAGACAGACCGUGUCUCUGUUUGUUCUGGAUCAAAGCGGUGCCGGUAACCACCGGAGUCUCAGCUUCAGACCCGACCCGACGUCCAAAAGCUUCCAACGACCCGCCGCUGAGUCCGUCAGCAACGUAGCUGUUGGAUUUUCAUGCUUCAUUCCCCUCAACAAGCUGGAUACGCCCCAAAACGCUGCGUAUGUCAACGAUGACACGCUGUUUGUCAAAGUGAAGGUGGACAUGGCAGGUUUAGAGCAGCUGUAAGCUUUUGUCCUCCAAGUUACCGUGUGAGGAUUUGAUUUCUUUUUUUAAACUUCGGUGGUCAUUUCAGGAAGGACACUGUGGUAGACAAUGCUACACAGACUGAUGCAAUCUUCACUGUGACUGUGUCUUAUUUUUCUACAAAACAUGUGAGAAUAACUUGUCGGUAUUUUGUGAUUAAACUUCAAGUUGACACUUUAAGGAAUAGUUUGACAUUUUGGGAAAUACACUUAUUCUCUCUCUUUGAGAGUUAGAUGUUCAGGUUGAUGCCGCUCAUCAAGAAAGAGAAUAAGCAUAUUUGCCAAAAUGUCGAACUUUUCCUUUAAGCUCUCAGGGAUCGUUUGGAGGUCUGACUCACAGAUACCAACUCCAACAAACACUGUGGUUACUAAUAAUUAUUUAACGCCCAUGAGAUCAUGACUUAACUAUCUGAUUAUCUGAGAAUAACUAGUGGUGCUCAGAUCAAGUUAUUUAAGUCUGUAAUCCUGAAAUCAGGAUUUAAUGACCAGGUUAUCUGUAGGUAUUAAAGAGUUUAGUAUUGAUCAGGACUCAAUAUGUGAGGAUAUCAGGCUGUUUGUUUCAUCAUGGCGUUGUUUCUCUCAGCGUGGAGACGAAGAGGAAGAAGAAGUCAACACACAGUUGAUUCUGUUAUCAGCACUGUGUAUUAUCUCAAGGUAAUAAUUAAGUCGUUAUCUUUUGGAGAAAGGAAAAAGUAUUCGCACCAAAAAACGUAAUUUGUUAUUUCAAGAAAAUGAGACGAUGAAGUUGUGAUCACAAGAUAAACACAAGAGCGGAGAUAUAUGUUGAUGUGUCAGCUACUGUAGACAGAAGUUACUGUUCGUUCAUUGUUGGUGUCUUAAUUCAGGAGUAAUGUCGACACAGGCGGCACUUCCAUUAGGAGGUCAGAAACCACCCCAAAGCUGUCUGCUCAGUGGGCAGACAUUAAUUCAUCAUGGCUGAACGGGCGAUGAAAUGUGAGGCGAAAAGAUAAGAAGUUACAGAAAAUCCUAGUUUCUGAUUGGCUGCCAGGAUUAUAGAUAGUUUGCUGUCAGCUUCAGGUUUGAAGCAAAAAGAAACCAAUGAGCACACACACACACCAGGUGAACUCCACCAUACUUUGUUUGUUUACAAGAGUUUGUCAUUUUAUUGUUGCUACGGAGACAAGAGAGGCACCGUAUCGGCCCUGAUAUCGACUUCUUACGUUGAUCGGGUAUCGAGAGAGAGAGGAAGUGGGAUUAUUGUGUCCUUAAAGAGAACGAGGUUCUCAGUCUUUCUGUGAAAGAGACGACUCAGGGUUUUAUUGAGCUGGAAGAAAUAAAGUCUCAACUGUAAUAAAUAAAGUGUGACAAAGGUGGUUUCUUCUGACUUUA